AUGGCAGCAGCGGCGGCGGAGGGCGGGCGGGUGCGGAGUGAGCGCCGCGGGGCGGGGACACGGCCCGCCCGGCCGCCAUCGCCCCCAGCGGCCCCCGCGCCGCCGCCGCCUCCUCCCUCACGGCUGCGGGGCUCCGGCACGGCCGCGCUCCUCUCGGGGCUGUGGGGGUCUCCUUCAGAGAACCCUUUCGUGUCCCCGGGGACGGACGUCCCCUCACAGCCAUCCCCUCACAGCCAUCCCCUCACAGCCAUCGCGCCGCGUCGGCCCCUUAGAGAGGCCCGUGUGAGUGCCCGUGGAAACGGGCACCCCCUGCCCCUCCGGAGCCCCCGUCUCCCCUCAGGACAAAGCGGGCCUGGUACCAGCCCACACGUCACCAAAAGGUGCAGAGACUCUGCUCUGACACGUAACUAAGGAAGCUCUGAGAUUCCAUGGAAACUUCAGUGCCAGCAGUUGCCCAACAACACGGUGCCCUCUGAA